AUGGCGGGUUCCCGUAACUACGAUUUCCUGAUAAAACUCCUCCUCAUCGGUGACUCUGGGGUCGGAAAGUCGUGCUGUCUGCUCAGAUUUAGUGAAGAUUCCUUCACCCCUUCUUUCAUCACAACCAUCGGAAUCGACUUCAAGAUCCGAACUAUCGAUCUAGAUGGCAAAAGAAUCAAGCUCCAAAUAUGGGACACAGCUGGCCAGGAGCGUUUCCGAACCAUCACAACCGCGUAUUACAGAGGUGCUAUGGGAAUCCUAUUAGUCUACGAUGUUACCGACGAACGAUCGUUCAACAACAUUCAAACAUGGUUCCAAAACGUCGAGCAGCAUGCAACUGAAGGUGUUAAUAAGAUCCUAAUUGGAAAUAAAUGCGACUGGGAGGAGAAACGUGUUGUUUCGACAGAGAGAGGCCAGGCCCUGGCCAACGAGCUUGGAAUUCCUUUCAUGGAAGUUUCUGCUAAGGCUAAUAUUAAUGUCGAAGAGGCCUUCCUUUUACUAGCUCGCGAUAUCAAGAAGAGAAUCAUGGAUUCGUCUUCCGGAGAGAAAAACCAGCCGGGAGUUGUCAAUGUCAACGAGACGAGUAGUGCUGCCGGCGGAAAGUGCUGCUAA